AUGGUACUUGGAGUUAGAGUCUUCCUUAUUCUUAUCGCAGUUCUAGCCAGCAAUCGUAUUCACUGUCAGUUGACAUGGAAAGGAGGAUUGAAGUACUUAGUCAGCCCCCCGAAUUUAAAAAACUCACAGACCCAACAAGACAAUGGAUAUGAUAUGAGUGACAACGGAAUCAAUGCUUUUCCUCGUGAAGCCCUUAACUUGGAUAACUUAGUUCAGAAACCUACUGGCAGAUGGUGGUUAGAUUCAUUGGCCCGGCUUCUGCACAACCAUCCCCUCCAUCUUUCGAAGUACGUUCGAGACGUUUCUAUUCCUUCGAGAGAGUCACUGAACUAUGAGACACCAAAAAGCCUUAUCGGUCUUCCACGGCUUCAAUCCAGAGAGGUUAACGGAUGGCACAUGUACGAUCAAGUCUGGGCAGUGCACAAGCUUCGUCAACUCCUAGCCAGUUACCGCCAAUGGUUUUCUCCGCGACAAUGGAGGCAAUUUCUACAUCACUCUCCCACUAAGUCCCAACUUCAACAGGAUCAAGAAGAGUCCGUGCACUUAGAGUUACUUGAAGCCGCAGUGCAAGGAAUUCGAACAGCCCUCACUGAAUGUCAAUACCAAUUUCGGAAUGAAAAGUGGAAUUGCAGUGAAAUCCUCUCUGAUAAGAACGCCCUUUUUGGUAAUAUACUUACAAAAGGAGUGCCUGAAACUGCAUUCGUUUACGCUCUUGUUAGUGCAAGUAUUGUUCGGGCAAUCUCAGAAGCUUGUCUUACAAAUAUUAGAAACUGUCCAUGUAAUAAUCGUGGGAGAGAAACCUUUGAAAAAGUUGGAGAUGUGAUGAAUUGGCAAUGGCAAGGAUGUGAUCACAAUAUUCACUAUGGACGUCGUUUCGGGCGGCGGCUGUUAGAUCCGCUUGAAACUGGUGGAUUUCAUAUUCGGUUUCUUAUGAACUUACAUAAUUACAGAGCCGGCAGAAGAGUUGUCUCCGAGAAUAUGCAACGCUAUUGUCGAUGCCACGGAACUAGUGGAUCUUGCACUCUAAAAACCUGCUACAGAAGAACUCCUUCUAUGCGCACAAUUGGAAAUGAAUUGAAAGCCAUGUACAACAAAGCCGCUCUAGUAAUGAGAGAUAACACCCUUCCAAUCAGUUGGGGGUACCAUGGAAGAGGCAGCUCAAUUGUACAUUUAAACCGGUGGAAUAAUCAACGAACUCUUAGGGAAGUAAGUCAUGACUCAUUGCUCUACCGUGGUGGAUCGUCACCCCGUCCAUCUCUCCUCAAGGUCACUUUCGACCGUUCCGGUAGAGAUCUAAAGCCAACAACUAAAGAGCUUGUCUUCUACGAGCAGUCAACAAAAGAAUUAUUCUGUAAUGCAAAUCCCAACCUACAUAUUCUUGGCACAAAGUUUAGGACUUGUAAUUCAACAUCCACUGGACCUGAUAACUGCAAUACUCUCUGCUGUGGACGAGGAUAUCGAACGAGACAUUACUACGCGCUGGAGAAUUGUGAAUGCAAAUUUGUCUGGUGUUGUCGAGUAGAAUGUCAGAAGUGUUUAGUGCUUAAACGACAAGAAACCUGCUUAUAA